AUAAUAAUUAUCGAGUUUUGCCGAGCGGAUCUCCCCUUCGCCAGCCACCAUGGAUGUCGAUGAUGGUACUGGUACCAUCAUCCAUCGUGUUCUCUCCCCCACCACCCACCUCUCCUACCUCACCAACCUCGUCAUCGACCCGCAUCUCUGCUUGACCCGCACCCACGCGCCGAUCACGCAGCUCGCCCUGAUGAUCCACGGCUGGGGCUGUCAGGCUAUCCACUACGCGCCCCUGAUCACCUACCUCACGGCACAGGAUGCCUCGUUCGAUCAAGGGUCUCUCUACGUCGCGGUCGAUCUACCGGGCCAUGGCCAGUCGCCGGGGUCAGCUCUCCCAGAGCCAGACAAAGGGGGGGUCGUGGAGCUGGUCCUGCGGCUGGGGGAUGAGGUUUUGGGGUUAUUGGGUUUACGAUACGACCAGGUGCAGGUGAUGGUAUAUGGGCAUAGUAUGGGGACGCGGACCGCGCUGGAGGUAUGUGCGAUAUUGACGGAUCGGAUUUCACGCCUGGUGCUGCUAGAUGGGUCGUGGGCGGGGGAUGCGACGCCGGAGGAUUUGGACCUGGGGGAAGUAAGCGAACGGGCGGCCAUGUAUCGGGGGGCAGUUCAAGAACGCCUGCAUCUCUAUUUUGGGCCACGGACGUCAACAGAGUUUGAGCGUGAGACACGCGAGGGAUUUGGAAGCCUGGAUUAUGAGUAUGCCCUGCGGAUGGGAUACUGGUACAAUCUGUUCGAUGCUGGGGCUGCGGAGGUGCUGGACGAUCUCAAUUCGAGGAAUCGCGACCUGGUCGCCGCGGGAAGAGAUCCAACACAUGUACUAGUGGUCCAGAGUCAGGAAUCACAGAGCCCAGGAGGGAGGCACAGCAUCAAGAAAGGAGAGACAACGGAGUAUAUGAGAUUCCUACGGACUCAUAUCGCCAGGGAGUGGUUGCAGGAAUGGGUCGUAGAGGAGGCCAGUCACUAUCCGCACGUCGAUGACAUCGGAGAAGUUGGACCGGUGAUCCACGCUUUUACCCGCAAUUGAAUCUCCAAUUCAAGGGAGUCUACAGGCGCCAUGGCGGUAAUUGUAGUCGAAUGCAGACA